UCCUCCCAUCAUUCAUCGUGAUAUCAAGUGCGAUAAUAUCUUUAUCAAUGGUGCCCACGGUGAGGUCAAGAUUGGUGAUAUGGGUACCGCAGAAAUGAAAAUGGGUAAGAAGUACACCAUCAUCGGGACCCCAGAAUUCAUGGCACCUGAGAUGUACGAGGAACAAGGUUACAAUGAAAAGGUCGAUAUCUAUGCCUUCGGUAUGUGCCUUUUGGAAAUGGUUACAGGUGAUUAUCCCUAUGGUGAGUGUAAAAACGCUGCUCAAAUCUACAAGAAAGUAUCCGCUGGUGUAAAACCUGCUAGUCUAUCUGAAGUCACCAGUGAAGAAGUCCGUCAUAUCAUUGAUAAUUGUUUGGGCGAUGAAGAUGAGCGUAUGUCUGCUCAGGAUAUCCUCGAGCAUACCUUUCUUGCUGUCGAACCCGAUGUCGUCCUCUUGGCCGCUGAUCCUGCUCAGGUUCAUCUCACCUUGCAAGUCGUCUUCAAAGGCAUGGAUAAACUUUCUGUCAAGUUUGAUUUCAAUGUGGAGACGGAUACCGCUGAACAAGUAGUUCGUGAAAUGAUUGAAGAACAGGUCUUACCAGACAGAUAUCAACAUCACAUCACCAAAGAAAUCAACCGCAUUUUGCGAGAUAUUGAAAAACCCAACAAUAAUUCCAGUGAGAACGAUCAAGAUGAUGAUUCCAAGGAUUCAGUCUGGAGAAGAGAAAGCGAUAUUCGGUCUGAACUUGAAAAGACCAGAGAAGAUUUGGAACGUGCUGCAGAACAUGUGUUGGAGGUAGAAUCCAAGUGUGACGGAUAUGAGUGCCGUGCCCGAACUGCAGAAAAUAGAUAUCGGGACGCUGUCCGCAGUUUGCGUGAGAUUAAAGAAACCCAACAAUUAACAACCGAACAACUUGAAGUGUUAGGGAAAAACCCCAGAUUUGAAAACGAACUCAAGAUUGAUACCUCGCGUCUUUUAAGAUCCAUGGCUACUGUAGAUACUCCUGUCAGCUCAAGUAAUACCAGCGUGAAAAGUGAACCUACUAAGAAGCCGGAAUAUGAUUCUCCUUCUCCCCCCUUGACCGCUUCUCUCACUCGUGAAGCCCUUGUUUCUAGAAUCCUCGAGGAGUAUGCUGAUGAUACAGAUAUCGAAUUAUUUGUUAGAGAUUGUGCAAUUGCAAGUCACCGAAAUAUUGAUAAGGCUCAAGAAUGGGCAAACAAGUUAAAGGAUCAGGAUAUCAUGACUGUAGGUGAUCUUCGUGACCUUCAUGAUGAAGAUUGGAUUGGUAUUGGAUUAACUGUCUUUGCUUUACGUGCUCUUAAAAACAUGCUGAAGGGUAAAAAACAACCUGCAAGUCCUCCUCGUCUUUCCCCUCCUCCAUAGCAGUUAGUUUAAAGAUUGCAGGCCUUUCUCUUGACUUUUUCUCUCUCUCUUUCUCUCCCAACCCUCCUAGUCUCUUUUUUUUUCCUUUUUUUUUUUUCUUUUUUGGUUUGUUCUCUUUAUUAUUUGGUUUUUUUAUAUAUAUAUACCUCCACCCCCUCCACCACCUCCUCCUCCACCACAUUUCCACUGUAAAUACUGGAUCAGACUGGAAUUUGACCCAACACUCUAUUUUUUUUUUUUUUAUCCUUAC